AUGGGUGGUAACGUUCUCCCCAUUCAUUAUGAUCCUAAAACCGUCAAACAACUAACGAAGGAAAUUACAGUUGCAUCAUGCGUAGGAGCCGCUCAGGGUGCACUAUUAAGUAUUACCACAGCACUGCUGCUAAGAAGAUUUUCUUUAGUAUAUAGAAACGUCAGAACUCAAGUACGUGUGUUUUACCAUUGUUCGUGGAUCUCGAUGGGUGCUGUUUUCAGAGCUGAUAAACAGUUGGUUAAAUUUCAAACGAAUUAUUAUCGAGAGGAACAGAAAAGAAGAGAAAAGAUUUUAGACGAGGCUGCCGACAGAGGUUUGUUUUUGGAAGACGAUAGUUUGAGCUCUUCUAGAUCAACCACAUGA